UUGUUUUAAAUAUUUUUUGCAAAAUUCUUUAAUUUUUUACAUUUUCUUGCUGUUGGCACUUGAUUAAGCACUUAAUGGCAUUCUAAUGUCGAUGUUAAUUAACGACCACUCAAUGAUCGUCGUGCGCAUCGUACAAUUGCAAAAUUAAACAAUCACCGCGCGCGGUGUGUCGCUAGGCGAUUUUGCAGAUUAGUCGACAGCGGCCGGUGGCAAUUACAUAAGUCCACCUUAACUUAACUUAACUUAAAGUAAAGUAACGCCGCGCGACUGCACUCUCGACACGAAACGAAAUAAAAUGCGUGCUAAUGGCAUGCCGUGCCACGCCACUUUGUGCAUAGCAUUAAUCGCCAUCGAAAUCGCGAUUUAGUUCGGUUCGGACACCGCACUGAGACGGUUUGGUCAAUCAAAGAAAUAACAUUUGAGUCAGGUUUUCAAAACAACAAAAAUUCUGCUUGUGCAAUGCCGCCAAUACAAAGCAUACCAGAGAUUGAUUUAAUUAUUGAUAAUAAGAACGGAUACCCGUCGAGGAGGCGUUCGUUGGUCGAUGACGCUCGAUUCGAGACGAUGGUUGUCACCCAGACUAAGCAGACCGUCUUGGAUGAAGCGCGUCUGCGUGCCAACGACUCGAGCCUUGAACCAGAAGUCGAUGACAAACCGCAAAAGACCGAGCAGACCGAGGAAGGCGAAGAUACUGGUCUAACCGAGGAGGAAGUCAUCCUGCAGAAUGCCAUCGCCGAGGGUGUGGAUGGUGACAAGGUCAUGCAAAAGGCGGCGUUGGUGUUGCGCUUGCGCGAUGGCAUGUCCUCGCUGUCGCGUGUGCUUAAAUCCAUUGAGAAGUACGCGGGGGUGGUGAACCACUUGGAGACACGCCCGUCGAAGAGCGACGCCUCUCAACUGGACGUGCUCAUUCAUGCUGAGCUCACGCGUUCGAAUCUUCUGUUGUUGAUUAAAUCCCUCAGGCAGACGGCUUCGUUGACCAAUGUCUCCUUGGUGGGUGAUGACAGCGUCACCAACAAGAGUCCCUGGUUCCCACGUCAUGCUUCUGAGCUGGACAACUGUAAUCAUUUGAUGACCAAAUACGAGCCUGAUUUGGACAUGAACCAUCCGGGUUUUGCUGAUAAGGAGUAUCGUGCCCGGCGUAAACUCAUCGCUGAGGUUGCAUUUGCUUACAAAUAUGGUGAUCCAAUCCCAAUUAUUCAGUACACCGAGACCGAGCAUAAGACAUGGACUGCGGUGUUCAACACCGUGCGCGAUUUGAUGCCGAAGCACGCGUGCGCUGAAUACCGCCGCGUCUUCCGCAUGCUGGAGGAAGAGGGCAUCUUCGUGGCGGACCGCAUUCCGCAGCUGGAGGAGAUGUCCAAGUUUCUGCAGUCGCACACUGGCUUCACGCUGCGGCCCGCUGCUGGCCUGUUGACUUCGCGCGACUUCUUGGCGUCGCUUGCCUUCCGCAUCUUUCAGAGCACCCAGUAUGUGCGCCACAUUAACUCUCCGUAUCACACUCCUGAACCCGAUUCCAUUCACGAAUUAUUGGGCCACAUGCCGCUGCUUGCCGACCCGAGCUUCGCGCAAUUCUCCCAGGAAAUCGGCUUGGCCUCCCUCGGCGCUUCCGACUCCGAAAUCGAAAAAUUAUCCACUGUCUACUGGUUUACCGUGGAAUUCGGCCUCUGCAAGGAAAACGGCGCUGUCAAGGCGUACGGCGCUGGUUUACUGAGCGCUUACGGUGAAUUACUCCAUGCGCUCAGCGAGAAACCCGAACAUCGUCCAUUUGAACCCGCUAGUACCGCCAUUCAACCUUAUCAGGAUCAGGAAUACCAACCGGUGUACUAUGUCGCUGAGAGCUUCGAAGACGCCAAGGAUAAGUUCCGGCGUUGGGUGUCGACUAUGUCGCGUCCGUUCGAGGUGCGUUUCAACCCGCACACUGGCCGCGUCGAAGUAUUGGACACCGUCGAUAAACUCGAAUCCCUCGUCCACCAGCUGAACACUGAGUUGUUGCAUUUGGCGAACGCCGUCAACAAGAUGAAGGCGCCCGCGCUUGAGUAAGCCGCGCAGCCACCAGAGGUCGCCACCAUGCCAAAAGUAUCUAACCAAUGCAACCAAUGAAAAACACACAAGCAGAAAACAAAAA